AUUUGAACGUCUUUUUCCGAGCUGCCGUUGUGAAGACGGGAAAUAAAGCAAGCGGACACACAGAAACAAACACUAGAUUUAAAUGGCGAAAAAAUAUUAUUAUUUUAUUUUAUAAAAUUAUGUUUACGCGCAGCACAUCCUGGAAACCUAAUAUGAGAUGCGUUUGGUGACUUUGAUCGGUUGUUUUUAUUGAAAUGUGUCGAGGAAAAGUAAACUAACCAUCAGUUUGUUUAUUCAUCACAUCCACAACAUUUAUUGUGCUUGUUUUUAAACUGAAAGCACGCUUUAAUCUAUAUUCCUCAUAUUUCGAGUCGUUUUAACGAUUUUUAGACGUCAUUAUGAAGGUUUUGGAGAGAAAUGUGCUUCGUCUGGCAGUAGUUCAGCAUCUUCGGUCCGUUUAUGGGAUUAAAAUUAAAAACUGGAAUAAAAACAGAAACAAACAGACAUCGGCGAACACGGCGAGGGUGUUUGGCGUCGCGCUCGAAGGUUUGCCACACUGUCACGUGUUGGACUACGGAGACGUACCCUGCUUUAUAGUCGAUGCUUGUACGUGUCUCAUGGAUCAUUUGGACACGGAGGGCCUGUUCAGGAAGUCCGGUUCUGUGGUGCGGGUCAAGAGCCUCCGGGCCAAACUGGACCAGGGCGAGGACGGCCUCCCCACGGCGCUCCCGCUGGACAUCGCUGGCCUCCUCAAGCAGUUCUUCCGGGAGCUUCCCGAGCCGGUCCUGACCACAGACCUGCACGCCGGCUUCCUGAAGGCCCAGGAGCUGCCCUCGGAGGACGAGCGCACCUCGGCCACGGUCCUGCUGUCCUGUGUGCUGCCCGACAGGAAUCUCAACACGCUGCGCUACUUCUUCAGCUUCCUGAAGACCGUCUCUCAGCGAUGUGCUGAGAAUAAGAUGGACAGCAGUAAUCUCUCGGUCAUCUUUGCGCCGAAUCUCUUCCACUGUGGCGACGGUGGAGAAAAGAUGAGCAGCAACACGGAGAAGAGACUGAAGCAUCAGGCGGCGGCUCUGCAGUGCCUCAUAGAGAACGCUCAACACCUGGGUGCGGUUCCUCAGUUCCUGAUGGAGAAGGUUCCAGCCAUGUUGGGUUGUGAUGCUGCUGUGUUUUCUCCAGCGUCGGUGUCUCUAGAGGAGAGUAACGCUCACUCAGACCUGAAGAAAAGCAACAGACGCAGUUUAGGAGAUGUGGUAAAUGGAGCUCUGAAUAGGUUUAAAAGUAGUAGAACCCCAACAAAUACCCCUCAGUCUGAUGGAGCAGUUUUCUCCAUGGCCACUCCGGUCAUCGUAACGCCGAACUCCAAGCGUAAGCUCCCGCUGGAGUCGGCACACACUCAUGGCUUCUCCAACAAGAAGCGCAGGUCCAUCAAGAAGAACCUGGGCCUGGAGCUGUUCCCCAACGCUCUGUUUGGAGGAGCGUCUACACCUGGAUCAGCACACAGUGCCGGCGCGGCUCUGGACUCGUCUCGCGGUGGUCUUCUGUCCUCUGUGGGCAGGAACUCUCGUCUGUCCUGCAGUUCUGCCCGGAGGAAGAGCCGGCGACGCAGAGACCGCAGUGUCAACAGAGUCGAGUCGGGGAAGGCCGGCUGUUUCUCUCCCAGAGCCGCCAAGAAAGAGCCAGUGAGGAAAUCCCUGCGUCUGCGCUUCAGUCUGGGCAAAUCCAGCCGCGAGUCUAACCUCAUUACACAUUCACAACUGGGGCCAAAGGGGUCAGAGGUCAUAGGGUGGCGGCUUGCAACACAAGAGAGCUGUACUGGUUUUCACUUCAGCAAGGAGUUGAGUCCGACUGUUUUGAAGGAGAGCCCAUCGAAAGGCUCAACGUUUCUCAGUAAAUCGGAGGAUGACCUCUUGACCCCUCGGUGUGAAUCAAUAACCCACCGGAGCUCAUGGGGUCGAGACACUCCUGAUGUCGGCCCGACGGAUUCGUUCUCGGAGACCGAACCUCUGGCGGUCAGCGACCUUCCCAAGAUCCUCAGCGUCGAGGAGUCGUUCAGCGAAGAGCGGUCCGGAUCGACCCUACUGAAAAUCAAACGAGCGUUCGGUGAGUCUGGCAGUGACCUUCACAGCAUCAUCACUCAGAACCAGCACAACUCCUCGGAGACCUCACACAACGUGACAUUCGGACACAUCGAGAUCGCUCCUUUGUCUCCUCUACACAUCGACAGCGCUUUGUUUGAUAGCGGAACGACCCGGUUUGGGGAAACCAGUCUUAACGAGUCUCUCUGGCUUGAAAACGAAAGCAAGGAUUGCUGUCCUGCAGAAUGCAGUCAGUUAAUCGACGCUUUAGACAUGCAAAGUCCCGUUGCCUUCAGACCAGACUCUUCCAUACCGAUCCAAUCAACUCCGUACGGAUCGAGAGCGCAAACGAACACCAGCACGUCGUCAUUGGGAAACGAGACUGAUGGCAUUCCCAGUGGCGCUGAAGCUCGCCGGAUGAAAGUGGCCGAGCAGAUUAAACGGUUCAACAUGAUGACGUUGGAUUCGCCCAAAGCUAAAGUGAUGCGCUCCCCGAUGAAGUUCCAGCGCACGCCGGUUCGACAGUCCGUGAGACGGUUGAACUCUUUGGUUGGGAGUCGGAAAGAGGUCCGGAUGGGUUGGUGUGCCGCUGCGACUCAGAUAAAGGCUGUGAGUUUAGAAAGCGCUCUGCAUUCGACGUUUGCUAAACCCAAACCUCCAGUUCCUCCGAAGAAAACGAAGGUUAGACACGCAACGCUGGAAGACGUCACCAAUAAGGCGCCAAAGACCAAACGCACAAAUGAACAUCCCAAGUCUGUUCUGCUGGAAGUGUCUGGAAACGAGACUAAUCGCUAUCGAGGUUCACCCAGAAACCCUCUCGCUGAGGUCAAACUGCUGUCGGCGCUGAAGCCCAUCGAUAUAUAAGAUCUAGUGUUAAAGGAGUAGAUAAAAAUUUCCACAUCAUCCAAGAUGUUCAUGUUUUUCAUUCUUCUGUGGAAAAGAAAUU